CGUCUUAAUUGAAUAAAAGCAUAAAUUGAUAACGAAAGUAAUUAUUAAUUCAAACAUAAUAAUUAUAUAAAAACGCAUAUAAUAACAAUAAUAAUAAUAAUAAAAUUAAAAAUUAAAAAGUAGAAAAAAAAAAUUAAUAAGCAAUAUUUAUUUAAAAUAAUUACAUAAUUACAAACACAAAUAUACGUAACAUACUCAAAAAAAAAAAAAACAGAAGGCUAAAAAUAAAUACAAAAUAAAUUGAAUAAUCAGGGCAUGAGCCAUACUCCUAAAAGUAAAAAAAUUGAUGAUAAUGAGUGCAGCGGGCCAAGACCACCAGUACCUGGGGAAGAAUGCCGAUCUAAGAAGAUGACCGAAGGGGUUCCGGAAUCUUCAAGGAAUUCACCACCAUCUUAUUUAAAUUGGGCUCGUACAUUAAAUCAUUUACUAGAAGAUAGAGAUGGGGUUGAAUUAUUUAAAAAAUAUGUGGAGGAGGAAACCCCAAUGUAUAAUGAUUAUUUAAAUUUUUACUUUGCUUGUGAGGGUCUUAAACAACAAUCCGAUCCUGAAAAAGUCAAACAAAUUAUAGGAGCAAUUUAUAGAUUUCUUCGUAAAAGUACAUUACAUGUUUCGGAAGACCUUAGACGUACAAUAAAAGCUGGCUUAAAAAAUGAAAUUCAACUUAGCCCAAAUAUAUAUGAUUCUCUACAGUAUAAUGUCGAAGAUGUUAUACGAGAGAAAAUUUAUCCAAAUUUUAUAUGUUCUGAUAUGUAUUGUAAUUAUGUGCAAAGAAUGUCCGCAAUACAACAGGAAAGAACAUUUAGCGGAAGUGGAGGUGGUGGUGGUGGAACAACAACUGGAAGCGGUAGUUCUGGUGCAAGUAGCGUAGCUAGUAUAAGUUGUGGUAGUGGUAGUAAUGUUGCUGCUGGUAUUGUAACAACAAAUCCAAGUGUAUCAAUAUUAACAACUAUUAGUAAUAUAGUAUCAACAAUGUCACCAACACAUACUGUUGCGGCAGCAAUUGGUGCUGCAACAACAAGUAGUGGUAUUAGUACAAGUGGUGGAGGUGGUAUAUUACCAUCUGGUGGAUUUUAUGGACCAUCAACAUCAGCUAGUUCGAGUGGUUCAAUUAGUGCAACAGAUACAUUACCACGUAGUUCAACAUUACCAACAUUACAUGAAGAUACUGAAUUAUCAAUGUCAGAAGAUUUUGAAACAAUAAGAAUUUGUACAGAAAUAAGUAGUCGUAGUGUUGGUGGUGGCGGUGGCGGUGGUAGUGGUAUUACAAGUGGUAGUGUUGCUGGUACUAGUGGAACGAUUCCAGGUGGUAGUAAUAAUAGUAGCGGUGCUGCUGAUAUGCCAUUAAGAUUAACUAGAGAUUUAUUAUUGGCUACACAAAAACGACGUUUAGAAAUUAGGCCACCAGGAGCCCAUGGUUAUAUAUUUAAAGCAAAUCCACAAACAAUUUCAUAUAAUCCGUGUUCACGAAUUGAUUCAGAACGUGCUAGUGUUAGUUCUGGCGGAAGAACUGAUUCUGAUACAAUGUCUUUAUCAAGUUGUUCAAUUGAUGGACGGCCAUUUGUUUCGAGAAGGCAUAAUACAUCAGAAAGUAAAGCGAUUCGGCAAAGUGCUUUAGUUAAUAAAGAAACAAAUCCACUACAGGUUAUUCCUAGAACACAAAGAUUACAUUCAAAUGAGCAUAGGCCACUUAAAGAAGAAGAAUUAAUUGCCUUAUUAAUACCAAAAUUAGAAGAGGUGAAAAGAAAACAAGAUAUUGAAGAGAGAGCACGAAGUGAGCGUUUUUCGGAUGACUCAACAUUAACUGGUUUCGCUAGUGAUAGAGAAUUAGCUGAAGUUAUACGACAAAAAUUAGCUUUAGAAGAGGAUAAUGAUCAGGAUAUAUUAGAUCAACAUGUUUCACGUGUUUGGAAAGACUUAACACCGCACAGAUCACCUGGUACAGUAUCGCCAUGUCCCCCAUUACCGUCAAGAAGGCGGACUACUACACAAGAUUCUGGGAUGUUAAGUGAUUGUGCUAUGAGUACAGGGGGGCAUUCAAUGCGACAUUCAAAAUCAAUGCCUGAACAUAGUUCCUCGUUGAAGAAGCUUACUAAUAAAUGGCCUUCAACGAAUACAGAUAGUGGAAUUAGUUUAUUUUCAGCGGAUACUCUUAUGAAGUACAAAGAUACCAGUUCAAGACCUGGUUCAAGUACAGCCUUUCAACUUGAAGAGGCAAAAAGAAGACUGGAAGACGAGACUAGAAGAUCUCGUCGUUACCCACAACCACAACAACAACAACAGCAAACGCAGCAACAACAACAAUUAUUUAGUAGCAGUAGUAGUAGUUUACUCCCAACAAUAUCACAACAACAACAAUCAAUGAGUAGCAGUAGUAGUGGAAGUAGUAGUUUGCAUCAAUUACAUCAACAGCAACAAAUACCACCUCCUUUACCAGCAAAAUCACAUGAGACCACAACGGUUGUAUUUUCUUUUUGUGAUGAAGAAUUUCCAUAUAGGACGAAAAUUCCUGGUACUCAACCAACGUUAAAACAAUUUAAAGAUUACUUACCUAAAAAAGGCAAUUUUAGGUUUUUUUUUAAGACUCACUGUGAAGAUCCCGAUAGUCCGGUUAUUCAGGAAGAAAUUGUUAAUGACUCAGAUAUUCUACCAUUAUUCGAAGGUAAGGUUAUGGGUCUUGUUAAGCCAUCCGAUUAAGUUUUAAGUUCUCAUUAAAGAAAAAAUAUAUGUUUUUCAUUUUGUAAGUAAUUGUAGAUUAAAAACAAGUAAUGAUUAAUAAUAAUUAUUUAAUUGAUAAUUUAAUAAAACAGAAAAUGCAAGUAAAAGCAUUAAAAAUAAUCUUGUAGUCAGUUUUUAUACUAUUUUUAUUAAAUAGUAAAUAAAAUUAAAAAACAAACAAAAAUUAAGCAAGUUAGUAUUAAGAAAACAAAAAAAAAAAAAGUUAAAAAAUUAGAUCGAACAAAAAAUUAAUGUAAAAAAUUUUAUACAUUUAAAUCAAAAGAAUUUAAGACAGAAAUACAGUAGAAUCUAAUUUUAUUGAAAAAAUUUUUUUGGACAAUAAGAUCCGUUAGCAAUCAGUAAGCCUAAUUACACAAGAAAAAAAAAAAAAAACAAUUUAAAAUUAAAUAAACUUGAUCGUUUCACGAAUUGGCUUAUACAAAUUCUAUUUUAAUAUAUAGAAUUCAGGCAAUAGGCAAAUUUUUCAUUAAAAACUAAUUAUAAGCUAUUUGAAAUAUUCAACAUUGCUUAAUUUGUAUGUAAUGAAGCUUAAAUUAAAGCUUUACGGGUCUAUGAUUCUUGAAGAGAUUUUAUAUUCUAGAAAAUUAUUCUAAACCAAAAAUAUUAAAUCAAAUUGGGAAAAUAAUAACUGAUUCAUUUUUGUAUAUUUUAUUUUUAACUUUUUAAUUUUGAAAAAGUUUGAAGACAAUUUUCUAAUCGAACUCAUAUAUAC